AUGCCCAGCGAUGCCCCCUCAGCCCCGCCGGCGCCCAGCCAGGCCCAGGGAGGCCCGGCCUCCCACACCAUCCAGGUCACGGUCAAGACGCCCAGCGCCCAGGAGGACUUCUCUGUGGCCCAGGAUGCCACCGUCGCCCAAUUCAAAGAGAAAAUCGCCGCCCGGUUCGGCGGACGGCCGGACCAGCUGGUGAUGGUGUCCAUGGGCAGGAUCCUGCGGGAUGGGGACACGCUGCGCCAGAGGGGAGUCCGGGACGGCUUCACCGUCCACCUGGUCCUGCAGCCCCGCCGGCCCGGCCCCUUCCAGGACCCCAGGGCGCGGGACUGGCUGCCCCCGCGCCCGGCUUCGGCCGCCCCGGCCCGGAUGCCCCCUGGAGGGCCCGAGAGAAGGGCCCCGGGCCUGGAGGGCCCGCCACCGGGCUUUGUGCUGGGCUCCCUGCUGGACCCGUUGCUUUUCAACGCACACCUGAUGCGCGGGGCCCCCCCGGACCGAUCCAACGGCCUCCCCUACCCGGACCCCCCGCAACCAACGCGGAGCCCCGCUUUCCAGACCCUCGACCACCUCCCCGAAGGAGACCCCGGCCUUGCCCACGCCUCGGCCCGGCCCGGCCCGAAUCCGCCCCCUCCCCCGCGAGCCCCGGCCCGACACCCCCGCGCCAAGGAGACCCACCGCCCCCAGGACCACCGAGGGCCCAGGGCCGCUAAGACAGGGGCCCGAGGGAGCCUGGUGGGGGGCACCUGUGCCAUCCAGCUGCCCGCCGCCGGACCCGCACCCACCCCCGGGGAAGCCGGUGGCCGGUCCGGCCCGGACCCGGGCCUUCUGCCCUCAGCCGACCCGCCGGCCGCCGCCAGAGGAGGUCCGGCCAACCCGCCGCCCCUCCCCGGGGACUCCGGCCUGUCCGACCGGUUGACCCAGCAGCUGCCCGCCGUCCUGCGGCUGGUGCAGCUGGCCGAGACGCUCCUGGCCCUGUCCAACCCUGACGUGGCCCAGGCCCUGCAACAGAUCGAGGGGGGCCUGCACACCCUAGCCGUCGAGACCCCGACCCUCCUGCCCUGGCUGGACUCCGGGGCUCCAGGACUCCGGCAGGACCGGCCCGGAGGGAUGGAGGUGACCAGGACCGGCCCCGACGUACCGGACACCUCCGAUCCUCCGUCCCAACCGGUGACGGCCUUGCAGAGGCUCCAGGCCCUGGCCGGGGGAGCUCCCCAACAUCUCCAGCCCCCGGAAAUCCGCUUUCACCAGCAGCUGGAGCGGCUCGGGGCCAUGGGCUUCUCCAACCGCGAACACAACCUGCAGGCUCUCAUGGCCACCGAGGGGGACACCCGGGCCGCCGCGCGUAGGCUCCAGCGCCCGCCAGCCGCCUAA